AUGGCCUCCAACACCACCUACACUCCCAACGAGGAGACCGAGAUCCAGCAAUGGCUCACCACUGCCACUCGUCUCCAGCAGUCUAAGCCCGACGAGGCCUCCCCUAUCCUCGAUACCCUCAACUCCCACCUGAGCACCCGCACCACCCUUCUCGGCACCAAGCCCAGCAAGGCCGACACCGCUCUCUACUCCGCCGUCCGUCCCCUCGUCGCCUCCUGGUCCCCCGAGCAGCGUACCGGCGAGAAGGGCUACCCCAACAUCGUUCGCCACCUCGACUUCGUUCAGAACUUCCCCGCCUUCGCCGCCGAUGUCAAGGCCGACGAUAAGGUCAAGGUUGACCUCGACGAGGUCCUCUACGUGAAGCCCCCCGUCGACGCCAAGGCCGAGAAGGAGCGUCUCAAGAAGGAGAAGGCCGCUGCCGCCGCCGCCGGUGGUGCUGCUGCUGGUGACAAGGCCCUGCCCGACCGCACCAAGGAGCCCAAGAAGGAUAAGAGCGCUGGAGAGAAGGUCAAGGAGGUUGUCGUCGAGGCCAAGGACAAGGUCAAGGCCGCUGUCGGUGCCGGCGAGGGCCAGCCCAAGAAGGAGAAGAAGGCCAAGGCUCCCAAGCCUCAGAAGGCUGCUCCCGCUGCCGCUCCUCUCUCCCCUGCCCUCAUCGAUCUCCGUGUCGGCCACAUCCUCAAGGCCAUCAAACACCCCGAGGCUGACUCCCUCUACGUCUCCACCAUUGCCGUCGGCGACGAGCCCAACGAUGACACUACCGAGUACGAGGGACAGGUCUGCCGCACCGUCUGCUCUGGCCUCAACGGCCUCGUACCCCUCGAGUCCAUGCAGGGCCGCAAGGUCGUCGUCGUCUGCAACCUGAAGCCCGUCAAGAUGCGCGGCAUCAAGUCAUGCGCCAUGGUUCUGGCCGCUUCUCCCAAGCUUAAGGAGGGCGAGGUCGACGACCACAAGGGACCCGUCGAGCUCGUCACUCCCCCCGCCGAUGCCAAGGCAGGUGAGCGUAUCAACUUUGAGGGCUGGGAAGGUGAACCCGAGGGUGUCCUGAACCCCAAGAAGAAGAUCUGGGAGACCUUCCAGCCCGGAUUCACCACCACCGACGACUUGGCCGUUGCCUUUGACGCUGGUGUUGUUGAGGCGCUUGGAAAGCAGGGUCUUGGCAAGCUGAAGACCAAGUCUGGCGGUCUUUGCACCGUCCCCAGCUUGAAGGAUGCCGUUGUCCGCCUAUUCGCCUACGUCACUAUGCCGCCCACCUACUCACAUAACGAAGCUACCUUGAGAGGCGUUCUUCUCACCCUUAUACUCGCCAACCUCAUCUGGAUCGCAAGCAUGCUCGGCUCCAUCUACGAACAAGACAUGGAGUGGGAUCCCUACACCGGCCUCCCUAUGCCCAACAACGACGACGAUGCCCAAAGCCAGACGGAUACAUCUGUUGCCACACGAGCUCGCCCGAAACCCACGCUAGACAACUUCCUCAUCUCUUGCAAGAUUGGCACGCCUCGCCUCGUCAAAUUUGCCGUCCGCGCCUUCUUUGGCUCUUGA